AUGCCGCUCAAAGUGCCGCUCAGACAAACCUUGCUCAAUCGUAUAAGAGCCUCAAUCGGCGCGCCACAGCCGUCCACCUACCGCCACCUAAACAUCAACCUUCCCAAGAUGUCCUCCAAAGACUACGACGCUGAAAAAGAGAUCAAGCGCAAUCCGCACGGUGACUUCAAAGCCGUGGAAGCCUCCCGCCCGCCUUUUGACGCAUCUACAACCUUCCAUUUUACACAAACACCGAAGCCAGACUGGAAGAUAGGCUCAGGUCCCAAUGAUGGCUCCGGUCUCUCAAAGAAACAUCGCUCGAUAGACCCGUACGAAGAAGGCCGGCCCGUAGUGCACAACUACAAACUCCUGAUCAGCGCCAUCAUCCCACGCCCCAUCGGCUUCACAUCGACAAUCAGCGGUGAUGGUUCGAGCACAAACCUUGCACCCUUCAGCUACUUUAAUAUGGUGAACCACGAUCCGCCCAUCUUCGUGCUCGGGUUCGCAGGGGGGAUGGACCGGGCGAAAGACACGCUCAAGAACCUGCUCGAGACCAAAGAAGCGGUUAUCAACAUCAUCAGCGAAGAGUACAUCGAGGCUGCUAACUUCACAAGUAUCAAUGCGCCUGAGAGCGUGAGCGAGUGGAGUUUUGCAGGCUUGCAUCCCGAGAAGAGUAAGUUUGUCAGGCCGGACAGAGUCAAGGAAGCAGUGUUCUCUAUCGAGGCAAAGUUGGUGGAGACGAGGGAGUGGACGAGUAAAAGCGAGAGCACGCCAGGAAAGAAGACGGGUGUUACGGCUUUCUUGGAGGGUGUGAACUUUUGGGUGAGAGAGGAUGCGAUCGAUGAGCAGGGGGUGCUUGUUGAUCCUGCGGUUUUGAAGCCGGUCAGCAGGCUUGGCGGUAUCACGUAUGCCAGGACGACACAGGCUUUUGAGCUGCCGAGGCCCGACUACAACGAGGUUACAAAGGAUAAGGAAGUUGAGGAGCUGGCGAAACCGAAGGACCAGGGGCAAGAGUAG